CAGAUAAAUUUAGUUGUCGGUGAUUACUACAAGGUUCCAUCAACAUCACAGUUCCUACAGUACACGAAGAAGGCCACUGAUCUCAUUGCUUGGCUUUGGAGCAAGACAAUGGUUCUGGCCAUGCUCAGGGAUGUCCAGAAGGCUCUCAAUAUUGCAAACCCAUCUCGGACACAACGGGUUCUUGGUGUAAUCCGUGCAGUGCUGACACGAUGGACAGCACACUAUUUAGCAUUCAGGCGUCUGCUCGAUUUGAGGACUACGCUGGAGAUCCUUGUGAAGCAAGAAAGGGACCGUGAUACUGGUGAUGCAAAAAUAGUCACAGGUGAUGCUGCAUCCCGCCGAAAAGCAAAGCAAAUGUUAGAAUUGAUUGAAGAACCAUUGAUGUGGCAUAUUUUGGCCAAGUACUUGUCCCAUUCAAUUUGCAUUGUCUCAUAUUGA